CCCGCGAGCAGAGCGCUCUUCCUCUCCCCCGCUUCCUGUUGCGACCUCUCUUUCGCCGACCCUCUUCCGCCUCAUUUCCUGUCUUGGUCGAUCCCUCGUCUCCAGUGGUGGGCUCCUGAGGGUUUGGAAAUGCGCCCCCUUUUUGGGUUCUGUCUUGGUUUUGAUUAAUCGUUGUGUGACGGAUAAUGCUGGCUCGAUAGCAGAGGUGGCAACGGGUUAUGGAUUCGAAAGGAGAUGCGGCUGCGAUCACGCCGCUGCGGACCAGCGACCGGCUCCGGCAACGACCAAAGUACUUCGGCCGGCCUUUCUUGUACUAUAAGCCUGUGAUAAGGAAGAAGAUCAAAUCCAAGAAGAGGACUGCAGCUUCCCAGAUUGCAAAGAAGCUGCUUAGGCCGAGGAACCACCCUGUUCAGAUGCCCCCUCCGGAUUCUAUUGCAGCAAACUUACGGCGCUCUACAAGAAAAAGAAAGAUUUCAAUAAACCUGGAAGACUAUGAAACAGACACUUCAGGAACAGAAGAUGACGAUUUAAUGGCUCCCAGGUAUCGUUCUUCAAAAAACAAGGCAGAGAACAAUGCUAGCCAUGAUGAAGCAUCAACCUCUCCAAGGAACAAAAAGAUUACAAAGACUAAUUCCCUUCCCCGCCGUGAGGGUUUACGACCUAGAAGACUGUUGAGUCGGAGAAGAGCACAACCUUAUGAAGAAUCAGAAGAAGACCAGGAUAGCUCUGAAGACCAGGCUGCCGAGGAUGAAACGGAAAAUGGAAAUGACACAGAGGAGGAUGCUGGAAAUGAAGAGGAUGGUGAUGGGGGAGAUGAAGUAGCAGGAGAUGGGGAUGAUGAAGAUGGUGAGGAAGAGCAGGAAGGAAGGAGACGAUAUGACUUGCGGAAACGUUCUGAGAAUCAUAGAUUAUCUAGUGAGAAGGAGGGAAAAGAGAGGCCCCGAUCCCCACGUAGAGUACUUCAUCAUGGUAUGGGCUCCAAAAGCAAUAGGUAUCUAAGAAAAGGUGGAUCUCGAGUACAUAGACGUCAUCGGCUUUCAUUGCCUGAUGAUUCUGACGAUUCCCUUCUUGUGGACGAAAUGGACCAAGGUCCCUCUAUUCCUUGGACACGCAACGGAAGCAGAAGUGGGACACCAUGGCUCUUGGGUGGUCUAGACAUGCACGGUGCAACAGCCUGGGGACUAAAUGUUGCUGCAUCUGGUUGGGUCUAUCAGGGUGACAAUAUUACUUAUCUAACUUCGGGUAUUCAAACAGCUGGGCCAAGUUCAAAGGGAGGGGCAGACAUUCAGCCAUUACAAGUUGAUGAAAGUGUGAGUUUUGAAGACAUAGGGGGUCUAUCAGAGUACAUUGAUGCAUUAAAGGAAAUGGUAUUCUUUCCAUUACUGUAUCCUGAUUUCUUUGCCAAAUAUCACAUAGCUCCCCCGAGAGGAGUUCUGCUUUGUGGUCCUCCUGGCACCGGAAAAACAUUAAUAGCUAGGGCAUUAGCAUGUGCUGCUUCAAAGGCUGGUCAGAAGGUUAGCUUUUACAUGCGUAAGGGAGCUGAUGUUCUCAGCAAAUGGGUUGGAGAGGCAGAAAGACAGCUGAAACUGCUUUUCGAAGAAGCUCAAAGGAAUCAGCCCUCAAUUAUUUUUUUUGAUGAGAUAGAUGGCCUUGCUCCAGUUAGAUCCAGCAAACAAGAGCAGAUUCACAAUUCUAUUGUUUCAACAUUACUUGCUUUGAUGGAUGGACUUGAUUCUCGUGGACAGGUUGUCCUGAUAGGUGCAACCAACAGAAUUGAUGCCAUUGAUGGAGCGUUGCGCCGCCCAGGGCGUUUUGACCGGGAAUUUGUUUUUCCUUUGCCUGGUUACGAGGCACGUGCUGAAAUAUUGAAGAUUCACACACGAAAGUGGAAGGAACCUCCAUCAAAAGAGCUAAAGAUGGAACUUGCAGCUAGUUGUGUGGGAUAUUGUGGAGCAGAUCUGAAAUCUUUAUGCACAGAAGCUGCUAUCCGUGCUUUUCGUGAGAAGUACCCCCAAGUGUAUACUAGUGAUGACAAGUUUGUGAUUGAUGUUGAUUCCAUAAAGGUUGAAAAACAUCACUUCUUAGAAGCCAUGUCUACGAUUACUCCUGCUGCUCAUAGGGGAUCUAUUGUGCACUCCAGGCCUUUGUCUUCAAUUGUUGCUCCAUGUUUGGAAAGACAUCUCCAAAGAAUAAUGAAACAUGUAUCUGAUAUUUUUCCUUGCCUUCCAGCUGUAGAUGUCAGCAGGCUAUCUGUUCUUUCCUUUGGCUCUGCACUUCCUCUUGUUUAUAGGCCUCGCCUUCUGAUAUAUGGGGAUGCAAGUGCUGGAUUGGACCAUGUUGGGCCUGCUGUCCUACAUGAAAUGGAGAAGUUUCCUGUUCACUCUCUUGGACUUCCAUCUCUUCUAUCUGAUCCUAGUGCAAAGACACCAGAAGAGGCUUUGGUGCAUAUAUUUGGUGAAGCAAGAAGAACUACUCCUUCUAUACUCUACUUACCUCAGUUCCAUAUUUGGUGGGAGACAGCACAUGAACAGCUUAAGGCUGUUUUGAUGAGUCUUUUAGAGGAAUUGUCUUCCAAUCUUCCAAUUUUACUGAUAGGAACAUCUUCAGUGUCCUUGAGCAAAAUGGAUGAAGACUCCACUUCCAUCUUUGCUCUCUGUAAUGUGUAUCAAGUGGACAAACCGGCUGCAGAUGACAGGUCACGCUUUUUGGAGAAAUUGGUUGAAGAUAUCUUGACUCUUGAAGUUGAUGAGUCAACAAGCAAAUUAAAAAAAGUAACAUCUCUUCCAGAACUCCCCAAGGCCCCUCAGGAAGUGAGUGGUCCAAAAUCUUCAGAGCUUCAGGCAAAAGCAGAGGCGGAGCAACAUGCCCUUCGUCGGCUGCGGAUGUGUCUCCGGGAUGUUUGUAAUAGGAUUCUAUAUGACAAGCGAUUUAGUGUGUUCCAUUAUCCAGUCUUGGAUGAGGAUGUGCCUGACUAUCGUUCGAUUGUUCAUAAUCCCAUGGAUAUGGCCACUCUGUUGCAGCAUGUCGAUUGUGGGCAGUAUCUCACGUGUGCAGCAUUCUUGCAAGAUAUUGACCUUAUUGUGGCUAAUGCCAAGACAUAUAAUGGAGAUGACUACAAUGGAGCUAGAAUUGUCAGCAGAGCUUAUGAGCUUCGAGAUGUGGUGCAAGGUAUGUUGUCACAGAUGGACCCAGCUCUAGUCUCAUUUUGUGACAACAUUGCAGCACAAGGUGGUCCAUUGUUGUUGGCAGAUGAUGUGGAAGCGUUGAAUGUUCCAACAGCACCUGUUGUUCAACUGGCUAACGUUCCUAGAACAAGUGAUCGACUUUGUAAUGUUCAGCCAAAUGUAAAUCUGGCACAAAGUUAUGAAGCAAUAAAACUGCCAAAGAAAAACACCGACCGUACAGGCUCAGGCAGGGAGGAGAGAGGUACUGCUGAACCUGAUCAGAUAAAGGUCAGCUCUCAUCCAGGAUUCCAAGAACCAGAUAGAAAUGGUCCAUGGAGACAACCAGAAAACCACACUAAUCGCGGACCAGCAGAAGUAUCGGAGGCAGCUUUCAGCCAACCGGCCAAUGAAAACAUUGAUGAUGCGACGAAGGCCGAUGCAGACAUAUCUGAGCAAAUUGAUUCUGUGAAGAAGCAUCUCAUCGAGCGAACGGAAGGCUAUGGAGUGCCACAGCUUGAGCGGCUCUACACCCGAGUGAUGAAAGGUGUGAUGGCAGCAGGAAGUCAACAUAGAGAAGAUAGUAGGCAAUUGGUUUUGGGUCAUCUUUUGAAAUUUGUUGAGGACGACAAAAAUUUUUAAGCAAUAAGUUUCUCUUUUUUUCUUAGUCUUGUACAUCGGCUUAUUCAUCAAAAAAAAAAAAAAUUUCUU